GAAACUCUCAAACCUGGAAGGGGCGGGAAGACAGAGUGGCAAAUGAGAAGAGAAGCGCUUAAGCCCGCUUCUCUGCCCACUGUGAGCCGCUCUGGGCAGUUCAUUUCCUAGAACCAUGGAACGAACCAUUCAUGUUCUGUUGAGAAUUCUGGUUUUAUCCUUUCUGAUCAACUAGGCGCGGUUCAAUCCCGACUGUCCAAGCAGGAUAUACUACUUCCAUCCCAAAAACCUCUCUUAGGAACCCUGAUUCCUGUCCUCACCAGAUGUGUUUGUUAAGCGGCAAUUGUGGGCCUGGCAACUGUGGGCGGAAAAAGCCAGAGCCCCGCCCCCGGUGGACUCUAACGUUUCAGGAUCUUCAUCUUUAAGAUCUGCCCCCUCAACUUUUUGAAAGGGCUGGGCGAAGAGCGCAGCUGUCACCUCCUACUCUCCACCCCGCGGGCUCUCACGUGCGUUCGAUUGCUCAAUAACAGCGCUCCUUCUGGGACUUCCUGGUCGCCGCGCCCAAUCAGAGUGUUGUUUCCGUCCUGACCAUUGUCAGCCGGUGGCCAAUCGGCGCGCCUCUACAACGCCCCUUAAAGGAGCCGCCAAGGCCUUCCCAGCCGGGGCGAACCAAUUCCUCGGUUCCUGCCCCCAACUGCGGUAUGGAGUCGCCUCGGGGGCGGCCUGGGCCCGAGGCGGACCUUCUGGCUCUAGGAGAACAGCAAGCCGCGAUCUUCGGCGGCGGCCCGGGCCGAACGCCCUCUGAGCCGCCCGCAGGCCUCCGGCUGUCCGGAGAGGAAGAGGCCGAGAACGUUGAGGGCACGAGCCGCCACCCCAGGGCGUCCCCAAAGCCUUCGGGCUGCAGCUUCGUCCACCGGCCGGAACGGGAGCCUCGGGAGGAUGAGCUGGGCCGGCGAGGGACCCCUUCUGGGGCAGAGAGCUGCCUGGGGGCGCCGGGUCCCGAGCAUGAUCCGCAUGGGUCCUUGCGGCUCAAGAACCCUGAGCCGCCAGAGGACAAGCCUGCAUCUGAGAGGGUCUGCCGUCGGGGGAGCCCUGGAGGCGGCGGGAUGGAUGUUGAGCAGGAGAAGGAAGACGAUGAGGAGGAGGCGGCAGCCGGCAGGACUGGCCGUUCGUUCUCCAGCCGCCUUCAGGACAGCCGCAGCCUGGACGGGCUGAGCGGGGCGUGCGGAGGCUCCGGGUCCGCAGGGGGUGCCGAGUAUGGCCCGGGCGGCGGGCGGCGCGCCACCAUCUCCAGCCCCCUGGAGCUCGAGGGCACGGUGAGCCGCCAUGGCGACCUCACCCACUUUGUCGCCAACAAUCUGCAACUGAAGAUCCGUCUGAGCGGCGCCCCUCAACCCCCGCCCCCUGCCCCUGCGCGGCCCUGUUCAGCUCCGACACCCACUCCGGCCAUCCCUCCCAUCGAUCCCGACGUGCUGCGGGACCUGGAGCGGCUGAGUCGGGAGCUGGGCGGCAGGGUGGACCGUCUGCUUCGCGGGUUAGGUGGUGCGGUUCAGGAGCUGACAGCUCUGAGUGUGGGCUGCAUCCAGACCUACCGUGAUGCCGUGGACUCCUUAGGCGAAGCUGUGGACAUGAGCAUCAAGGGCAUGUACACCCUGCUGGCGCGCUGUGAGGAGCUGGAGCGAGCUCUGCAGCCGGUUCAGGGGCUGGCACGCCAAGUCCGGGAUAUCCGACGCACUCUGGAGGUUUUGGAGGCCCUGUGCAAGUGACCAGGAGGGCGGGAGCGGCCUGGCAAGGCCAGGUAUCAGCAGGAUCUUAAGGACUCUUCAAGGAGCCUUGGUGGGAACCUGCCCACUGAGGGGAGGCCUAUGCAUUGGAAGCUUUUCCAGAUAACGUUUAGCCGGCCCGCGACCACUCGCUAGACCUUAUGCAGGUGUAUAUGGGAAGUUCUAAAGGCCCUUCUGGUGGGAGGAGGUGAUGCUCUGCUUCUAUUCAGUUGGCUCUCUGCAGCUACCUUGUUCUCCUAACUCUCUGCCCUAGUUAGAGCACUAUCUCUGGGAAACCGGGGCUUUAGCUCUGGGUUUGGGAGACAUGACUGCCAUUAUGUGAUCAAGAAAGGAGAACGGUGGCCCAGCCCCCACUGUGGCCACCCUGACCUCCAGUGGUCACAUCUCAUGUACCAGAGACUGUGGGAGCUUAAGUGGUCCCUGACCACACACCAUGCCGACAAGGAUGCACACUUGCAAAUGGAUAACCUCCUGCUUCUGCGCUCUGGCCUCCUACCACCCCAUUUCCCCAGCCAUAACCUGGGUGGAGCUGGAAGAAUGUAUUGCAUGGUAGAGGGGGUGACUUGGGAGUCGUCUCACUGCUCUCAGGGUUCAGUUAGAUUUGUUGCUGGUUUUGAAGCCCACCUGUUGUGGAGUGUUCUAAUCAGUUUUGGCUUUCUGAGUUUUUGUGGAAUUAAAGUGCUGCUGCUGCUAAGGCUGAGGCUGUGUCUGUGUGGGAAUAUAGGAAUUGAUGAGCCAAAGAAAUGGGAAUGAGUUCUCUUGGGGCCAGUGCUGGAAAUGGGGUGGGGUCCCAGGCUACAUGAGGAAGAAUAUGUUUCAUGCUUCUGAGCAGCAGAUCUGAGGGGAAAUGCAAGAUGCAGAUAUGGGCUCAGCGAUCCAGUAAAAGUAGCAUCAGAAACAAGGUGGAAGAGAAAGGGAAGGGGUCGUCUUUUUAGUUCCUGAAGAGGACAGGCAGGGCCUGGGCAAACUAGGGAAAGACUGGGAACACUUGUUAGUUCAUUUUUGACCCCAUUUCCCACACUUCGUUGUUCUGUGCCAUAUGUAUGGUCUGAGACAAUCUUUGUUCCAAUCCUUGGCAGCCUUCCAUUUGCAGUCGCAUAGUAACAUUCCAGAUUUAGAAAGAGAUCACAGGAGGAGGAGAUCCAGUUUUGUUAAAAUUUCUUCCUCCCCCUGAAGUCACUACUACUUUGGUCUGAAUUUAAACAUGUUUCUUUUCUGAGUGUGAAAAGUAUUGGAAAUAUUGCUCCACAAGCUUUGCCUAGCAACAAAAGUGUUGCUUCAAAUUGUUUUUUUAGAAGAAAAGAAACUGGCCCGUACGGGGAUCGAACCCGCGACCUUGGCGUUAUUAGCACCACGCUCUAACCAACUGAGCUAACCGGCCAAUUGGUAAGAAAAUGUUUCCAUAUGAAACUAUGUAAAAUAUGAAUUACUGCUCAAUCCUAGCUUUAGGAAAAAUUUGAAACAGGUAACCCUAAAUUGGGAGACAGGAAAGCAGAAUACGAAAACUGAAUCACUGAACGUUUUGGGGAAGUAACAUCCAAGCCAAAAUACUGACACGCACAAAUAAUCUAAUUAUGGUGCUUAAGUCAGGUUCAGGUGCCAACACGGAGCACAAACAAGUCAACACUAACUUAACGUUGACUCGCAGCCGGAAAUAGAAAAUGCCAACUACUAGCAACCCGUAGAUUCCCGAAGGGAGAGAGAAUUGAUGGAGCUCCGGAAAAUUAACCCGUAUAUUCCCUAAGAGAGAGGAUGUAUAUACCUCCUCAAAAUUAACCUGUAGGUUCUCUCUAAAGGGGGGAGAGAGGACGGAUAGACAGACCUCCAAAAACCGUCCGGGUGUUUUCCCCUUCCCCAUUUCAAUGUUCGCAAAAGCGACUAAUACUGUAAAGGCACCGCUGGGAUUCGAACCCAGGAUCUCCUGUUUACUAGACAGGCGCUUUAACCAACUAAGCCACGGCGCCCGACAUCAAAAAGUUUUGCACGUUCUUUCCUUGGCCAAGUCAUCUUCAUGGCAGGUGAGUGGCAGAGUGCUACCUUAACCUUUGGCUGUAUUUGGAAAACAGAAUAGAAGCGACAAAAUCCUCAGCUGUACCCGAAAGAGUGUGAAAGGGUAAUACAGAAAUCGAAUCCCGGCAGACAGACGGUAACAAGAGAAAUUCUUAUUCGGGGAAAAGAAUCACAAAAGUUACAGGCAGACGUAUCUGCCAACCGACGAGGAUGGGAUUCGAACCCACGCGUGCAGAGCACAAUGGAUUAGCAGUCCAUCGCCUUAACCACUCGGCCACCUCGUCCGCGGGAGUCCAGCUGAGGAUCGCUUCUCUGGGGUCUGGACUCUUACUUCUCAUGAAGCGUGAGCACACCAUGUUGCAAAGUGAGUGCGUCGAGGGAUCCUGCCCAGCACCGCGAAAACGACUGUCAGGGCUAUGGCUGCAGAACAACCUUCUAGCCUGCGCGAGAGCCCAAACUUAUCCGUCGAGAGAUCGGGAGCGCGCGUCAGUCCUCAGCAGCCCUGCUUUCGGCCCACAUUUACAUUACCCGGAUCUACCACCAAAACUAUCGUGAGAUCGUUGGGCUCCCACGACGGGGAGGGACGAGACUUCACGCCAGGGACCCUCCCCUUCCGGCCCCUACUAGGUGUUUCUUCCUUGACCUGGGCGGUGGGGCUCCAACAGAGUUGAAAAUGGGAAAACUGACCGAAAGGUGAGGAAAAGAGAGCUGACCCCGACGUGAUUUGAACACGCAACCUUCUGAUCUGGAGUCAGACGCGCUACCGUUGCGCCACGAGGUCGGCCGGCCGUAAGGCUGGACAGGUCCCUUCAUGAUCACUGCUCGGACCGGCGGCCAGGGUCCCGGCGUUUGAGGCGCAAGAGCUGAAGACCUUCCAGAACCUCUAAAAUCCUGAGGCGUGGUGCCUGCGCACUCCCUCCCGCCACGUGGGACCCGCAGGGCCCGCCACACCCCGCAGGGCAGCGGCUUUGCGGGCUCCUGGCUCCGCUGAUCCUCCGACCCCGCCCCCGGCAUCCCGCAGAUGACCAGGUGGCCCAGAGGCAGUUACCUGGGGAACGCAGAACGCACAACUCAGCCGGGACGGACUUGCACAGAAAUACGUGGAAGGACGGAUACCUGGCGGAACGUGGUGGAGCCGUGCCAGAGCUCCGGCCACAUGGAGGUGAGAGAUUAGCUCCUCCAGCGGUGUGUCCUCCUGGGCCGCAAGUUACAGUCGCCUGCACAGCUUUCCAGACAGCCACUCACACGCCCCAGAUUUGGAGAUUCUGAUUGAAAGGUCCUGGGUAGAACCCCAGCAUCGGUAACUUUGUCACUUUUUACAGUUCUGAAGAAUAAUUCACCUACAGUGAAAUGCACAGAUCGUAAGUAUUAUUUUGGUGAGUUUUGACAAAUUCAACUCACAACCCUUUCAAGAUGGAAGACCUUUCCUUGACCCUAGAAGAUUCAUUCUUGUCCUUUACCAAUUGAUCCCGGCUCCUCUCUUCCCAGAGACAACCACUGUUCUGAUUUCCAUCGCCAUUAAUACCUGUUUUUUAAAGCUCCCCAAGUGAGACAGAACCGGGGACUUCUAAAGAGGGAUACCAGAAGGUGGCAGAGACCUUCCCCAUUUGCUUCUUGAAGGAUGAGAGGAGUUCAAGGGGCCAAUAUGGCAAAAGAAGUCAGGCUGUGUCACUCCUCUUAUCUUUGUCUAAAAAUGAUGUAUAAACAGUCUCCUUUGAUCACUUUGGCCGUCCCAGUUCUAUGAGACAGAUGCGUACAAAUUAAUUGGGUUUUUUCCUCCUUUCAGUGUCUUGAAUCAAUUUAAUUAUUAGAUCUGUUCAAAGACCUCUGGGAAGGUUAAGGGGGAAUUUCCCUCUCCUGGACAGAACUAUUUGGCGAUGCCUGAAAUUCGCUUCAAAUUCGCUGUGGGACUGAGGGAUUGGCCAUGCAGUGGUGUAAUUGCUGAAGCAGAAUGGAAGACUUCAAAGAGAUCCUUUAUUGAUUAUUAUCAUUGGCAACGGGAAGAAGAGCGAUGAUCCGGUAAGAGGGUAGGGAGGUCCCUGUGAGGUUGUGCAUAUGAGAAAUGAACUCCGGCCAGAACUUUCCGUUCUGCCUGGAACCCUUUUGAGGCCCAAAGGUCAGGGAGGUCGCUGAUAGUGAGAGAUGCUUGGAUAGUAGCUGGGCAAAGUCAAGUGCCCACGCCUCAAAGAGAUAAGGAAAUCCUUGCAGAGUCUGCAUCGACACCCUCGCUCCUGGCCUCCCGGGGACGCAAGGUCUCAUUCCCUGCCUCCACCCCCAUCCCCAGCCCUUUCUGGUCCUCUUUGUUCCCUCUCUUCCCCAAACACACUUCUUGGGGCACACCCUAGUCCAAGAGAGCGGGCCACUUUCCGCGAUGUGCAAAUCCCUCACCAGUCUGAGCAAAGGUGUCUGGGGCGUGAGGGAGGGGGAACUAGAAUCAACGAAGGUGCAGGUAUGGGGUCCUCCAACGACCAGGGGCUCUGGGACAACAAGUGGCAGCCGGACAACAUAGGCACAUCCACCUCUCCACGUUCGGCCCAGGGCACGUGGGAGCUAAAGGAAUGCGGAGGAGGGAAGGAGAGAGAGCAUCCAGGCCUCAGGCACAGACAGCCGUGUCCGGAGGUUCAUCCGGGACAACGCAGCAGGGGUUGGGGGUCGGGCUGCACCCGGCGUGGGCAUCCGGAGAAGGGGGGGGUCCCAGGCUAGGCCCGGAGGGUUUCCGUUCGCCGGCGCUGCGCGGGCAGACUGGACGAUGCAGGGCAGCGCCACCGCACACUCGGUGCUGACCGCUCGGCUGCUAGUGACCAGGCAACGGAUAAUCGGCCUCCCGCCGGAAUCAAGUACGACGCAACCUGACUUGCAGUCCCGCGACGGCACGCAGCUGCUUGACAGUUUAAUGCUCUCGCGAGAUUUUCAGAGAUCCGGUCGCAGCACCAGCUACCGCAGUUACCAAGGCAACUGGGCGGUGCCAGCGCGAGCGGGAAGGAGGCGAACGUCGAAUUUUUGUCUGCUAGCCUAGGAGACUUGAGGACUGGCCCUCCCCGAGUUUCCAGCCCUAGAAACCCCGGCCUCUGCUCCAGGCAGUACCCCGUCCCCUGGGGGCCAUGAGCCGGGUCUCGGGGCUCGUGCCCUCUCGCUUCCUGACGCUCCUGGCGCAUCUGGUGGUCGUCAUCACCUUAUUCUGGUCCAGGUGCCCUCCCAGCCGUCACUGAAAUAGCGUUAUUCAUCAGCGUCUUUGGGCUGAAAAAGAAACCUUUCUGAUACCUUCAUGACCGGAAGUACGGAUGAAGGCUGGAAGAGCGAGGGAUCGCUCACCGUUCCUGGAAGAAGGAAGUCAGAGGCUCCAGCUCUUCCUCCAAAACUGCGUCAUGGAGGGUAUCAGUGUAAUAGUAAUUAUCUCUCGAGUCUGAAAUUAUGUGUGCUUUGCUUAUAGUUCUUUGUAAUAAAUAUAUUUUUAGAAUAUGAUCGACUUAUAAAAAUUUCAGAUGAAAAUUGGGGUGGCCAAAGUGAUGGCUGUUUUCUAGGCCUGCGGACUGUAAAAUAGUAUAUUCGCUUUUAUUUUGGUUAUUACGGUAGAAGUCUGGCGGGAGGGUGGGCGGGGAUAUGUAAAUAAGGCGGUACUUACGGGUGGGACACCCGGCUGGUAAGUGAGUGGAGCAUUCUGGGAGGAAUUAGCUUAUCCAUUUUUGAUAGCCAAAUGGAAAAACUUAUUUUAAAACAUUUGGAAAUAAAUGUACCAAAAUAUACAGAAGAACCCAAGUAGGCUUAGUUGCUCGGACCAACGCAGUGUUUACUCAUCCUAUCUUUGAGAGGAAUCUUUUUCCCAGAGUGCGGAAUGUCACGCUAAACGUUCUUAUCGUCAGGUAGGAUAAUCCUUACCUGUUCCUCCUUCGGGAGGGCAGAAUGGAAAAUGAUGAUUGGAGCUCGCAUGAUUCGUGAUUAACGGCUCUGCGUAAUCAGGACUUGCAACACCCUGAUUGCUCCUAUCUGAUUCUUCCUGA